AUGGCUCCCCGCGCCGCCCUCGCGGCGCUCCUUUCCCUCUCUGCCAUUGUCCUGUACGCCGCUGCCUGCGUUCCUAGUGAGUCCCAUGUAGACUGCAACUUCCAUGGCCUAUCCUCCCCUAAAAGUUGGGCUGAGCUGUCCAGCCAGACGGAGCAGCUCACUGCUGCCUGGAAGGCUGCCCUCGCCAGCACCCCCAAGUACCCCGCUGGUCACUUCUCUGGCAAAGGUCUGGUUAUCACCGCGACCAAGCUUGAUAUGGACAAUAUCCCCGCCAUUCUGGGGACCUUUCACUCCGAGGGCCUCAACCUGCCUGCCAUUGAGAUUUGGUACUCAGGCGAGGUCAGCGCUGACAUCAUCGACACCCUGUCCGGCACCUAUAGGAAGCUGGUGAUCAGGAACGUGGCUAACUAUGCCAGCGCUGCUGACCUGAAGAGCACCAUCACCAGCCAGGGAGACCAUGUUUUCCAGGCCAAGCCCCUGGCGAUCAUCCACUCUGCCUUCGAGGAGGUUCUGUUCAUGGACGCGGACAACGUCGCUAUCUCCAACCCCGCCGCCCUCUUCUCCUCUGCCAAGUACCGUUCCGCCGGUGCCCUCUUCUGGCCCGACUUCUGGCAGACUGCCACCCGGAACCCGAUCUGGUCCGUGCUCGGUAUUGAGCCCCAGGGCUGGGAGCAGGAGUCGGGCCAGAUCGUCGUGAACAAGCGCACCUCGUGGGCCGCCCUCAACCUGGCCUUUUUCCUCGCCAAGGACGCGACGUUCCAGCAGAUGGUGAACGGAGACAAGGAGGCCUCAGUCCGCCUGGCUUUCCUCGCCACCAAGACGCCGUUCUUCAUGGUUGAAACCGCCGUCGCGGUUGCCGGGUCUGAGACUGAGACCGGCUUCUGUGGCCACACAUGGUUCAGCACGAUCUGGCGGGCGCCCCGCUGUUCCUCCACCACAAAUCCCUCAAGCACGGAGCCUCCAUCGAGUCGUGGCAAACCCUGA